GCUUUAAUCUCUCUAAACCAUUUCACCCAUUCUCCGCGCUUAUAGCUGUCGAGACUUCAUUAUAACUCAUUUGAUUCACGGUUUCAUAAUGAUGAAAAGGAUAUUAUCUUGAUGUCGUGAAUUUUUUGAUACGAUUAGACGUAUAUUCGCCACUGGACAUUAAACUUUAGCGGACUUCGGACUGAUUCCAGAUAUUCUGGCUUUUGGUUUCAGCGCCGCUGCUGAAGACGAAAACAAGCCAGAAGCAUAAACAGGAACACGGACUGAAGAGGCAGGUGUUCAACUUUCCAAUUUUCUCCAACUUUAUCCUCACAAACAUCUUUAGCAUGAUGUCGUAUCUUAAGCAACCACCUUACACAGUCAACGGGUUAAGUUUAACUACCUCCGGUAUGGACCUUCUGCAUCCGUCCGUUGGAUACCCAGCGACUCCUCGAAAGCAGAGGCGGGAGAGGACAACAUUUACUCGAGCUCAACUAGAUGUGCUGGAGGCUUUAUUCGCUAAAACGCGGUACCCGGACAUUUUCAUGCGUGAGGAAGUGGCCUUGAAAAUCAACCUACCAGAGUCCCGUGUACAGGUUUGGUUCAAAAACCGAAGGGCAAAGUGUCGCCAGCAGCAGCAGCAGCAACAAAACGGAGGCCAGAACAAGGUGCGACCUGCCAAAAAGAAGAGCUCUCCAGCGCGAGAGGCCAGUUCUGAGAGCGGGGCGAGUGGCCAGUUCACCCCGCCCUCUAGCACUUCAGUACCGGCAAUUUCCACGACCACCGCGCCGGUGUCCAUUUGGAGCCCGGCCUCCAUUUCGCCGCUGUCAGACCCACUCUCUACCUCCUCCUCCUCCUGCAUGCAGCGAUCCUACCCAAUGACCUACACUCAAGCGUCCGGAUACAGUCAGGGUUAUGCUGGUUCCACAUCAUACUUUGGGGGAAUGGACUGCGGCUCUUACUUGACACCCAUGCACCAUCAGCUGACCGGGCCAGGAUCCACAUUAAGCCCAAUGAGCGGCAAUGCUGUUACAAGUCACCUGAACCAGUCUGCCGCAUCCCUCCCCACACAGGGUUACGGGGCCACGGGGCUCGGCUUCAACUCCACAGCGGAUUGCUUGGAUUAUAAGGACCAAGCGUCCUCGUGGAAACUGAACUUUAAUGCUGAUUGCUUGGAUUACAAAGAUCAGACUUCCUCCUGGAAAUUCCAGGUGUUGUGAAACUAACAAAACAUCCAAUCAACACACUAAAAGACAAUAUAUAAACGUUGUAUACCUGCUGCCAUCCUUCCAAAAACAGAAGUGUUCCGUGAAACCUGGACCCAGACAGCGCUUGACAUGAGAUAUCUGUUUAAGUUACGUGCACCUAUCCUGGCGUGCAAAGUAUUUAAGGGUCAUGAGUGCAUAUUAACAUGAUAGGCCAUUUGACCAUAACCUGUUAUUUAAGGUAGAGGAAAUAUUGUAAUAAGUUAGGUCAAAGCCACGGAACAAAUCCUUACACAAGAAUACAGGAGAAAAAAUACACGACAAAAGGAGCCAAUCUUUUGGUUAAGUGCUUGGAAUGGGCAGGCUUUCUCUAAGCCUCUUACAGCACGCCGACCUAUUUCAAUGUUGGCAAGACGAGAGACACUUCCAUCAGGAGAAUGAUAGAGAGGAUGUGUGAGUGUGUGGUACGAGUGUGUGUGCGUGCGUAUGUGUGUGUGUGUGUGUGUGUGUGUGUGUGUGUGUGUGCGUGCGUGCGUGCGUGCGUGCGUGCGUGCGUGUGCGUGCGUGCGUGUGUGUGUGCUGAACGCCCCCAAGGCGACCUGGAUGCACUACUUUAUUUAAGAAAAUGUGUUUAUAAGGAAUCAAUAUGUAGUUUUUAAAAGACAAUCAAUGUGUGUCUUAUAUAAAUGGUACAUUUGUGUUUUUUUUAUCUGUGCUAGCCUUCGAAACUGUGAUCUGUUGUAACUGUAUGCAAUUUGUGAGCUCCGUCGCAUCUGCGAAGACUCGGCUGUGAUUUUAAUAGAUUUUUAACUCUUUUCUUUAAAAAAAAAACACGAGUAAAGAAUAAUAGUCACAUGAUUACCAUUUAAUUAUUUUUCAAACCAUCUUGAGAAUACAGGGAUUCAAGAGUGUAAUGUGUAAGAAAAGAACUGGUUGUAACACUGAUAUACCCUUGUGAGUUUUAAACUUGGAUGGAGAGGUGAUGUGUUCCCACCAGAGAAUGAACAAUAAUAAACAACUUCAAAUCUGAAACCAUAUGUAAAGUUAAGUCUGGAAGAGCUACUAAAAUUUACUAUGAAUUGUAUGUGUGUGCUUUUAUUUUAAUAGAUUACCAUUAGGACGAAGAUGCGCAUUUUAUGCCAAAAUAAAAA